AUGUCAAGUGUUUACUCACAGAAGACUGGAUACUCUUCUCAGUCCAAGAAUACUAUUAACUCUUAAGUUUCAAAUUACAUGAAUAAAGCCAAAGGAGGUGGUUAUUCAAAGCUUACCUAGGCUAAAACUGAAGCUUAGCAGAGAGAAAUUCUUGAGAAACUAGAAACUGAAAAGUAAAGAGAGAAGCGAAUUAUCAUGGAAAAGAAGCAGAGAGAAAAAGAAAAAGAGAGAAGAAUGGCUGAGGAAAGACUCAGAAAAAUCAAUGAAGAGAAUGAUUUGCUUUAAAAGAAGAAGGACUAGUAGAAGGAAUUUUAUACCAGAUUUCUCAGGUAGACCGCUGAGUAAAAUUUAAAGAAGCAUGAGGAAAAGCAAAUUCAGAAUGUGCAGCAGGUCAUCAAUAAUCACGACAGGAUGCUUGCAUAAAACAACAAUAAUCGAAAUAUAUACUAAGCAUUAAAUUAAAACUCUUCAGUAAAUUAGAUAUAGCAAUAGCAAAACAGUUAAUUGUCGUAGGGUAAUGUCCAGAGUAAGUUUCAAAGUAAGAUACCUAGACCAGCUUUUGCCAGUUAGCUGCCAUUACCGAGCAGAUAAUUCAAUAUAAACAAACCAAUUGACUCAGAAAAAGAGGAAAAUUUUAUUAGCAAAAUGAAUGGUCUUGACCUUGAGUUAUCAUAAACAAAAAGAAUAUUUGGCUUUUAGAACUAGAGUAAUGAGUAAAAAGCAAACAAUAAGGCAAAUCCUAGGUAAAUAGAAUAGUCACCUUCAAUAGAGAAUAAAGUUAGGGGAUUAUUCGAUAGGGGAGAUUUAAUAGACAGCUUGGAUCUAAAUAUAGGCUAUGAAAGUAUUUAAAAGUUAAAGGACGGAUGGGGUUUCGGAGCUGCUGCAAGGCCGAAGAAUACUUUGGAGGAGAGUAAAGCUGAUAAAUUCAUGAAGGAUUCUGACUUGCUUUAAAAAUAACCAAAAUAAAUACAAAGUCAGACAAGAGCGACUAUAUAGAAGUAAGAGACAGAAGAAGUUGAUUUGGAAAGAGACUCUGAUGUAGAAGAUUUAUUGGAGGAGGAAAAAUAAGUGCUUAAUGAUGAUGAGAUGAAAUUACUUGGCGAGAGGGUUGGAUUCGCAGGAGGGAGGAAGUAAGAAGUAUCAAAUAAAGAUUGGAUAGAAAGUUCUAUCAGACAAAGUGUGAGUGAAUGGAAAGGUAUGUUCAAGUAUAAUAAAGAAAACUAAGAUACUCUUAACUAACCAGAAAUUAUAAAUCAUAAGCCUACUUGGAUAGAUCAAUAGUACAGUAAAGAAGUUAAUUUGCAGAAGAUUUUAGCAAAUAAUGAUAAUAAAGCGGAAAUAUAAACCUAAUAGUAAGAUGAAAAGAUAGAGGAAGAUGAAUUUACCUUUGGGCAAAAAUAGAAGCAAUAAGAUCGAUAGUUGAAUCAAACAAAUAAAAAUUAACCAUAAUAACAACAGUAAAACAAGCCACCAGUUCAUUAAAAGACUGUAAGAAAUCCAUCAGCUAUUUCGCGAGCACCCAAAUUUGAUGAUAAUAAGUCAAUGAUAAGUAAAGCUUCGAGAGCAUCGUCAAAGUCUAAGUCAAGUAUUUAGCAUUCUACCAGUAGUUCGAUUAUCCUCAGUAAAGAAGAGGAGUUAAGGUUAGCAAAGGAAAAAAAGGAGUAAAUGGAUAAGAUCAAGAAGUAAUAUUCGCAAGUUGGAAAACCCAAAAAGAAGAGAGAGGGGUCUCAAGCAAGAGGCGACUCACCCACUGGUGCUACCACCAAGUGCACCAGAGAUGAAGAUAUAAAUAUAGAGGAAUUUAUGAAAGAUGACUUGAGAGCUAUAAAUAGAGAAGAGGAUAGAAUACAAAGAGAGUUACUCAACAUUCACAAAUCAAAUAUUCAUAAACACCACUAAGUAGUGGAGAAAUUCCAAAUUGACACCAAAAUCAAGAACACAGAGGAGCUCGUGAGAAAACUGGUUAAUGCACCUGCCUAGUCUCAAAGCAAUGCUGAAAAUGCUUAUAAAAAUGAAUAGUUACUUAAGAAUAAGAAUUAGCUAAUGAGGCCAGGAGUGUCAGAAAAAUUGGAGGAGUAAAUUGAGGAAAGUCUAGAGAACUUAGAUAAUUUACUCAACAAUAUGAAAUCUAAAGACCCAUAGAAACGAGAGGCAGAGAUUCUUAAAAUUGGCAAAAAGUAUAACAUUGAUUUUAACCUGAGUGCAGAAGCAUAAGAAAAUACUCAAAGUAAUCUUAUAGGAUAUAGCAAAUAAGUUAUAUAGUCAUACUAACAACCAUUCAACUACAAUGAUUAAAGAAAUAAUAUAGGUUCAGAAUAAAUUAAUAAAGGGCAAUAUAUUAUGAGCAAUAAACAAUAACAUCAAUCUAUUCAACAAAACAAUUAAUCUGCUCAAAUUAAUCAAAUUUCAGGAGGUAAAUUGAUUGAAGACGACCAUCAUGAAUCUAUUAAUAUUAACUCUCACUCAAUGCAAAAAGGAUAUUGCUAAAACAAUAAUGGCUCAUAAAUUGUUCACCCUCAAAACUAAGGGUUUUAGUUCCAACCAUUUAACAAUGCUAGCAUUAUUAAUAAUCUAUAUUCUCAACAAUAGCAGCUUUAGGAAAAUCUGAACUAAUUGAUGUACUAACAGCAAUAAAGACAAAAUUUGGAGGGAGAAAAGAUGGGCUAGUAUGUAAAUCUUACAGAAAAAGGUUUAGGUAGCCAAAAAGGCUUUUAACAACUCAGCGAUAUAAUGAGAAAUGAGAAGGUACCGAUGACGACUGGAUAGACUGUUUAGUAAGUUUUUGUAAGGUCAAAUAGGGAUUUAAUUAAGAUGCGAUAAAUGGUAUAAAGACAAGAAGGUCCUGUGAGUUCGUAAGUUGAGGAAAACGAUUAUAAUUUCGAUUAGUAUAAAUAUUCAGAAGAUUAGAUUGAGGAUUCUCUUAAUGGCAAUUAUAAUAAAUAAAUAAAGGGUUAAAAUUUGGUCAAAAGUGUUAAGAAUGAUCACCAGAUUAAUAAAUGUCAAAUGGUGGCUCCGGUAGUCUAGCUAUAAGAAUAUGGUAUAGGGGACAAGGUCAAGAUAAAUCCAAAGUUCAACAUGAAAAUAUUAUUUGAAGAUGAUUGA